AUGGGUCUUGAGAUCCACUCUGAACUUCGAUUAAACACAAGUUGGAGCAGAAAGUUUUCUUGCGCCAACGGAAUUCAAGAGCUGCCAUUCAAUCUGGUCGAACCAGAGGAAGAACAACUCAAUGUGGUUGACGAUUUAAGAAUUGAUGAGUCAAUGCUGAGUCUGCAGUUUAAAUAUAGAAAAACUAAAUUUUUCACUUAUCUGCAAGUUUUGAAUCCGCAACCAGACUCAAACAACCGCCACCUACAAGCAAUCUUCUUCCACAGAAACUCCCUGCACACGGUCAACGGACACAGAUAUCCAUUGGAAUUAGGCUUCCUGUACAGCAGUGAGUCAGCCAGUGAUCUGGAGGAUUUGGUUGGCAUCAGUAUUUUGGCGAAGCUGCUCAAAAUGCUGCCAACAGCUCGUUGCAACUUCACAGAGACGUUGAACGUGGACAAGUUGCUGCCUAUGGAUAGGUCUUAUUUCAAAUAUAAUGCUAGCAUGCAUAUGCCGCCAUGCCUCCAAAACGUAAAAAGAUACGUCUUUGAAUCUCCGAUCCAAGUCUCUCUCCAACAGAUGCUAAAAGAUCUGUUCCAUAACACUGCAUCACUUAACCUGACCAUUGUUUGA